AUAGCUUCAAAGGCAAGCAACACAAAAGUAAGAACAAAAAUAAAAUAAUAUAAAUAAGCCUAGCCUUCUUCUACUUCUCUCAAAUGGUGGCCCUUUUCUCUCAGCUCUCAGGCCUGAGCAGGUUCAGCUUACGUAACCCAUCUUCCAUAUUUACUGAAACUCGAAACGGGCAAGCUUCCAUUUUCUACGUGUCAAUUUCAUGCAAUCUCUACUAGCCGACACUUAAUUGAACCCUGGACCCAUCCACAUAGUAUAUGCUACCGUUGUCGCAACUCUUUCUAUACAAAAUGAUUCUAACCGAUUGAUCAGGCAUCAACGGCUCAUGCUUAACUAUCGUACUCUUUAAGUGGUAAAAGAAUAGACUCCCUCUCUCACUCAUCACUCUCCACUGACACAACUGUCUUGUCUCCAAUGGAUCUUCUUCCUUCUUCGAAAUGGUCUCGUCUCUCCGUAUUCGUUUGGAUGAUGAUCGUACAGUACAUUCGGCAUUCACAUGCGGAUCUCCCCGGCACGUGGGAGCUUUUGGUACCGAACGCCGGCAUAGCUUCCAUGCACACUGCUGUCACCCGCUUCAACACGGUGGUUCUUUUAGACCGGACCAACAUCGGCCCAUCACGCAAAAUGCUUCCCAAAGGCCGCUGUCGUUUUGACAAAAACGACCCCAUUCUUAAACGCGAUUGCUAUGCUCACUCUGUCGUUCUCGAUCUUCAAACCAACCAAAUUCGCCCCUUGAUGAUCCUCACCGAUACUUGGUGCUCAUCCGGUCAGUUUUUACCCGAUGGAACUUUGUUGCAAACCGGUGGCGAUUUUGAUGGGUUAAAAAAGACACGAAAGUUCAGCCCAUGUGAGCCAAACGGAUUGUGCGACUGGAUCGAACUUCAAGACGUGGAGUUAGUUCACGGCCGGUGGUACGCUACUAACCAAAUAUUACCGGAUGGUACGGUCAUAGUUGUCGGAGGUAAAGGAACUAAUACUGUCGAGUAUUAUCCACCGAGAAACGGUGCCGUUUUUUUCCAGUUUCUUGCCGACGUGGAGGAUAAUCAGAUGGACAAUUUGUACCCUUAUGUUCAUCUUCUUCCCAACAGUUACCUCUUCAUCUUUGCUAACAACAGGGCAGUGCUGUACGAUCACGAGACUAACAAAAUAUUAAAAAAUUAUCCACCGUUAGCUGGUGGCCCACGAAAUUAUCCAUCAGCGGGAUCCUCUGCGAUGUUGGCACUCGAAGGUGACUUCUCGAUGGCUGUGAUUGUCGUCUGUGGCGGGGCCCAGUAUGGCGCAUUUAUUGAGAGAAGCACCGACACGCCCGCGCAUGGUAGCUGUGGGCGAAUAAUCGCCACGUCGGAUGAACCGGGUUGGGAAAUGGAGGACAUGCCAUUCGGGCGGAUCAUGGGUGACAUGGUUAUGCUCCCAACCGGCGACGUUUUGAUCAUAAAUGGAGCACAAGCUGGAACUCAAGGGUUUGAACUGGCAUCCAAUCCGUGUUUGUUUCCGGCUCUUUAUCGACCCGACCAGCCACAUGGGUUACGGUUCAUGACCUUGAACCCGGGUACUGUGCCCAGAAUGUACCACUCUACCGCCAACUUGCUACCGGACGGGCGGGUAUUAAUAGCUGGAAGUAACCCACAUUACUUCUAUAAUUUCAAAGCGAAGUUUCCAACAGAAUUGCGGGUCGAAGCGUUUUCCCCGGAGUAUUUAUCACCGGAUCGGGCAAACCUCCGACCCGUAAUCGAGGAAAUUCCUGAGACGGUACGUUAUGGUGAGACUUUUAAUGUGGUCGUAUCCGUUGCAUUGCCAGUGGUGGGAAUUCUAGGGGUUAAUCUGGGAAAUGCACCUUUUUCAACACAUUCAUUUUCACAAGGACAAAGAUUAGUGAAACUGACAGUGGCUCCGUCUGUAGGGGACGGUAGUGGGAAGUAUCGGGUGGGUUGCACGGCUCCUCCGAAUGGGGCGGUGGCUCCGCCUGGUUAUUACAUGGCAUUCGUAGUGAAUCAAGGCGUGCCAAGCGUGGCACGAUGGGUACAUUUAGUGGCUUAAUUGAUUUAUUAAUUUUGUAAGAAUAAUUAUAUUAUGAAAAGAAAGAAGCAGAUAAUUGUAAUGAAAGUUAAGUGGGUAUUUAAAAUUAUUGUUUAGUUUUUUUAAUCAUAAAUGGGAUUUUAAUUUUACACAA